CAGACCUUCUGCUGCUCCUCUCCAAGGAUUGGCAGGACUCACUAGACACCGGCCUGGAUACCAUUGUCGUCGCUCUCGACAUCGCGGGUGCUUUUGACCGGGUGUGGCACGCGGGCUUGCUGGAGAAGCUUCGUGCCAAAGGCAUCCAAGGAUACCUGCUGAUGCUGAUGAGCGUCUACCUUCAAGGAAGAAGCCUCCAUGUCGUCGUCGGCGGCCAGCAGUCCAAGGACCUCCCAGUGGGUGCCUCAGUCCCUCAGGGAUCUGUGCUGGGACCUGUCCUCUGAAAUCUGUACAUCAACGACCUUCUCAGGAGUCUGCCAGCAGUCUCUGCAUACGGUGACGACUGCACGCUCUCCCUCUCCUACCCUCGCCAAGAAAGCCAGCAAGCGGUUGCUGACGUCAACCAGCAACUACGCUUGAUACGGGAGUGGGGGGAGCGCUGGCAGGUGAACUUUGCUCCUGAGAAGACUCAGGCGAUGGUGAUCUCUCGGUCCCCGGCAGCCACACAAGCUGUCGAAGGAAGGGUGAUGUUUGGCUCCGUCACCCUCCCGCUCCAGGAUUACGUCAGGAUCCUCGGAGUGGACUUGGACCGAGGGCUGCGCUUCGACCGCCACCUGAAACACGCCGCCCACCAAGCCUCCCUACGUGUCUCUGCCCUUCGUAGAGUGGCUAAUUUCCUCGACAAGCGAGGAAUUAUGCUCCUCUACAAGGCCCAGGUAAGACCCUACCUGGAUGUCCAGCGCUGCCACACACCUGCAGAGAUUGGGCAGCCGCCCCCUCAUGAUAUUAUACCUCUAGACACUCUAGAGCACCGCCGGGACGUCGCUGCGCUGGUGGUGUUCCACAAGGCCCAGGUACAAGGAGUACCACACCUGGCGAGGCUGAGGCUCCCCCCGCGAGAGGCUGUGAGAGAUACGAGAACAGUGCUCUCCAGCCACGAGCAGGUCGGGGUGCCAAAGUCACGCGCCAGCCAGCACCAGAGGACCUUCACCUCAAGGGUAUCCCGCCUGUGGAACACGUUCACGGCGGCAGGACCAACAGUGAGGGAAAUCUCCACCCAGCAGGUUAAAGUGGCUGCUCACAGGUAG